UCAACUGUGUUUGACCACAACUUUGAUUUUUUCUGUUCGUGCUUGCAGAAUAUUUUUGACAUAGCUCCCGUCCUCAAGGAACUUUCUGCUGCUGCGAGAACUUAUCACAAAGCUUUGCAAAAUGUCUCUAGCGCUGCCAUGGCAUUUCACACCGCGCUGUCAAAGAUUUCUCGUAUGGCUAUGACUUCAAAAGGACCUGCUCAUCUUCUAGGGGGUACUCUCCAAGAUAUAAUGGACACUCAUAAAGAUAUAGAGAACCGAAGGCAAGAAAUCUCUAAACUGAUGAUGAAUGACCUGAUAGUUCCAGUWGAAUCCCUGGUAGAGUCUGAUAAUGUUUAUGUGAAGGUAUGUACACUGUUGAUUGCRAUUUUGAAGAACUAUACCCAUGACAACAAAACAAAGGUUGAGUUAGUGGAAAAAGCAAGAGCUGAUUUAAUGAAAGUGAGAAAGAAAAGUCAACGCAAGAAACCAACUGAGAAAUAUGAAGAAAAAGAAAAACAGUGUGAUGAAUAUUAUAAUAACUUGCAAAAACAACUGGAAAACUUCAGAAGGGAAUCUUGUCAGAGGUCUCUAUCCGAGGAAUGGAAACGAUACGUGUUUGUGGUCGACCGUUCAAGUAUUUUUAUGAAGAGUUUCAUGGACUUCUAUGAUCAUAAUUCUGCAAUGCUCAGAGAAAAACUUUCCACUUGGUUUUCACAAGUCAAGAAGAAACCAGGAUAUCAAGACCAUUAUAAGCUGAAUGGAUCCAUAGCACAAGAGGUAGAACCACUUGGUCACAUGACAAGCAAAGUCAAGGUUAUGGCUGUAUUUGAUCACAAUGCAGCAGAGGAUUCACAGCUGUCAUUCAAACAGGGAGAUAUCAUUGAUCCUAUCAGUGAUGUUGUGUCAGGAUGGCAAUAUGGUCAAAACGUGAAGACAUCAAAGUCAGGCUGGUUCCCUGCUGCGUAUACUCAAGAAAUAGUUGCCGUACCAACAGGGUCAAAUGUUAGCCAGACUAUGCCUGCUGCAUCUAGUACACAUUCAAGACCCCAGCUGGACCAGUCUAGUGGACAUAAAUCAUUAAAGAGAUAUUCUAGUGCUGGACCAGCAACAAUGAACAUACCAACACCUGACUAUGGAACACAGCAACAAGGAAAUGACAGUACUGAGCCUCCUCUAACUCCGCCAGUUUCACCGACGGAUGAUGUACCACAAUCAAUUAGAACAUCAGAAUCCAAGCCAUUAAUACCUGGAACAAUGCCUUUGCCUCCACCACCACCRCUCACCCCUCCACCUGAUAAUAAUAAUGACACGGAAAACAGAUCAAAUCCCUUUACUGGAGUGGCUCUAAAAAAGACAGUUACAAAUGAUCGGUCAGCACCAAAGAUUUGAAUUCUCUACAAUGCUUCACAGCUAAUCAAGGGGUUAGCUUGGGUUCCCUGUGCUUUUACAAGCAAAUCCAUGAUAAACCAUUCAAGUUUGGAUGAAAAAUGAUUAAUAUAUUAAUGCCAUACCUUGUUGGUGGACAUACGUUCAUACUCAGAGAACAAUUUAUACAACACAAGAGAAGUUUUGUUCUGCAAUGAAGCAUUCAUCACUGAUCCUUAGUGGUUUUAGUUUGACAAUGUUUUGAAAUAGCUUUUGCAGGUGUGACUUGUAAAUACAAGUAUAGUCAUGUAUAGUAGUUAUAACACAUUAAACAAUAUGAUGAAAAUAGAUAUCAGAAAAUAUAUAAAAGCUUUGCAGUUGUUUUUUGAUGGUCAUUUAUAGCACACAAGACGAUGUUAGAUAUUUCAUGUUUAGAGAAAACUUAUCCAUUUCAGAUACAUCCAAGUUAAUAAUUUUAAGUUGGUUGAUCUUGAUUUUUACACAAUUUUCUUCAAUGGAGUUUUGCAAUCUACAGGACAAUAAACUAUGCAAUUGAUAAUCCUUAUGCAUACACACUAUUAUAGUAGAUAGAUAUAAUACUUAUAUAGUGGCUUCACUAUGUGAGAGUAGAUCCCAUUACUGGUAGCAGCUGCAGCGGAAAUGCUAGUACUUGAAUUUAUCAAAUUUUGAAUUACAGUGCAAAACUAAUGGUAUAAGCUUUGGAGGUAAUUUAAAUUGGGGGUUAGGCAGAGGGCUGUCAACUCUGGCUUCACCCCUGCUUUUUCAAAAAGUUGUCUUUAAGUAUCUUCUUAAUAGACCUACAAAUGUCGAUCACCCCUUGCCCUUGACAGGGCCUUAAGGAAAGGCUGCACUCUACCUUUAUCAAAUUGAUUAUUAUUAUAUGUACAAUAAUUAAUAAUUAAAAAUAUUUUAUUACAAUGUAUAGCAACUAGAUAGACCAUUGUAUAUUUAAGUGUGGAUACCUAAAAUCGUCAGCUGGUUUGAAUACACAAAUUAAUGUAUUAGUUUAUCAGAUAAUAAAUUAAAUCAAUAUUUUGUUGAAAUGAGGAGUAAUAUGUUUGAUGUCUGAAUUACCCUAAAGAAAUUGAAAAAAUAAAUUAAAAAAACCC